AUGUCUUCUGGCGCGGAUUUAGCCCCAGGAAAUAACGUGAUUCCUCGACUACCCAGCAGGAACGUGGAGGUGUACACUUCUGAAAACUCUGUUGUCGCAGGGUUCUGGCAAUAUGGCAGGGUAACUUGGGUCACCUUCUUCGCUUGGCUGACCAAUGUCUUGUGCGUACCGGUGGACUGGGCAAUUUUCGAAUAUGAUCUUGAGACGCGCCAUGCUGGCGAGGAGAAGCGUUCCGAGGAUAUAAUCGUGCAGCCCGGAAAUUAUGUUUUGCUCGCUGUCGGCGGCGAGCUGCUUCCACUGAAUUCGCUUUCGUCGACUCAGAUCCCGAGACGUUGUGGACAAGCUGAAAGACGAGUGCCUGCUCGGAAGCAGCUUUACACUGAUGGCUUUUUACUGCGGCCUUGCCAUGGGGGCGAAGUUGGGUUAGACGUCAAUCUAGUGGCGACAAAGUUGCAACCAAAUAUUGAGAGACGGAAAGCAAUCGGCGAAUGGGACAUUGAUGCUUUUGGGGCAUCGCGAACUGAUCGUUUGGACACAAGAGAGAUUGAAGAAGCCAUUGUUGUUGCACUGGAUGUGUCACACUCUAUGGGAGAGAAAUUUGAUGGUGACAGUGAGGACGAGGAUAGUGAUGUGGAUUUUGACGACAUUGCCCUGAACGAGGCCAUGGAAGAAUUUUCGAAACGUCAUUAUCGAACGAGCGAUGCACUUAUGCAAGCGAAGAUCUUUCUCAAGAAUAUGGACUGCCUUGCUAGUGUGGCACGCUAUAUAUGCCAUGGAGAGACAACAUUGCAUUCUGGAUCUGGUCGUCAACGACGCAUGAGGGCGGAAGAGGUUCUUAAAGAAUUAGUAGUGAUAUAUUCUCGGAUGCAUUGGGCACAAUUCCGAGUUAUGGAGCCGAUAAGACACUUCACCCUAAACCUUUCGCGAUGCGAGGAUUUCAUUGCCGUGGCUACUGAUAACAUCACGAAACCGCAGCUCGUGACCUACCUGGUGCAGCAGGCCGCGGGGAUCAAAGAAGACGUGAACCUCCUUGCGUCAAAUGGAGUCCCUAAGAGAUUUAUUGACCCUCUCAGUGGAGAAGUUAUGGUCAAUCCAGUCCGCGCAAGUGACGGAGUCAUUUACGAGCGAUCUCGGAUUAGUGCUUGGCUUGAACAUCACUCAACGUCACCUAUGGAUCCAACAGUGCUCAUUAAUUCGACUCUUGUUGCCGUCAUUAGCCUGCACAAUCCAAUUCGAACUUUCCUGGGUGGACGGCCACGUGCAUCCUUGCAGCAACAUCAGCAACCCUUGCUUAUUCGCGUGAAAACCAUGUGGGGUAGUGUGCUAAAUUUCAUGUUUAUGCCAUGGGUUGACGGAUCGUGGGACGGAAGCAUGCGUGGGCGACGGCUCGAAACACCGUUCUUUUUCCAUAACUUGCCAUCUCAGGUGCAAGUUUUCAGAUCGACGGAGGGCCGUAGAUUUUCUCUCGAUGUUGUAGAGCUCGAUCACCGAGUGUGGAGAUAUAUGCCUGACAAUGCUGAUCGUGUACGGAAGGAUUCGAGAUCGAUGAGCAGGCUGGAUAUAGUGAAGCAAGCCUUCGAAGCAUUCAUCAACAAAUCUGAGGCGUUUGACCACCCGAUUGCUAUUGGUUUAGUCACCUUCGGGAAAGAAGUUCGCGAGGUUCAGAAUUUGACAUUGCUGAAGGAACGAUUCCGCGAUAGCCUGAGAACGAUUAGGGCAGAUGGAGACACUCCUUUGUUUGACAGUCUUUCCGUUGCGCUCUCGAUGCUGCAAACUUUCCAAGCCGAACAUCCUGCGGCAGCCUUGCGUAUCAUAUGUUUAACUGAUGGUUGUGACGUUGGAUCCAGUAAUUUACCCCACCAAAUCACCAAAAAGCUUCAGCAAUCCAAAGUCACAGUUGAUUCGCUUGUGGUGCAAACGGGCGAUCUCACUAAUGUUCUCCAUCCAAUCUCCAUUGCCACAGGAGGAUAUUCGUUCAAAAUUGAUACGCUUGAGAACGCGCUCAAUAUCGUUGAACUAGAAACUGUGCUCCGUACGAAAGAUCGGCUGGAACAUCUUCAACAACCCAUUGUCCGAACUCUAUGGCAUCUUUUGGAGUACAAUGAUCUUUAUAAGUACCCUUUGGAUAUUGUCACGGCGGACGAAUGCCCAGAUCGCAAGCCGCACGCGCGGUUACAUGAACCGUUGCUUGCUGCAUCGAGGGCCGCCGCUCGGGCCCUUCCACCGAGCACAGACAGACAACGACGACUAAUGCAAGAGCUUCGAGAAGUCAUGAAUUCGUCACAUCCCGCCAUUGACGUUUACUCAGGGAGCGACCUAGCAUUCUGGAAAAUUGUGAUAGAGGCUCCGAAAGGCUCUCCAUAUGAAGGCGGGACCUUCCUAGCGUAUGUCAACUUUGGCAGCAACUAUCCUCAGUCAGCGCCCGAAGUGCGGUUCAUUACGCCAAUCUUGCACCCGAACAUCAACCGGCACGGCAAAGUUUGUCAUGCUGCUCUUGACAGAAGCUGGGUUGUCGAUAUGACUAUGAAAGUGAUCUUGCAGGUUCUAUACGGCAUUCUGCUCACUCCAGAUACCGAUAACCCUGUUCGUGCUGCUUUUUACAUCGUGCUUGUUGGCUGUUUUGAUCACGCUGUCCUUUCUGGCUCGAUCUUCAUGCCACGAUGGAGUACAAUGAUGAUACCGGUAUUCACGCCCAGAGAGUGCAUGAGAUGGUUCAGAGACACGCAUUGA